AUGUUAUCUCAUUUUAAGAUUACUACUAAUUUUGGAAUUUUAAAAUGCGAUGAUAAAAGUAUUGUUUUAAAAAUUGAAAAAUUCUUUGAAAGUCCUACUCAUGUAAAUAAUUGGGCUGUUCUCGUAGAUACAUCAAGAUUUUGGCAGAAUUAUAGGCAUGCAUCAAAUGUCUUAUUGUUGUAUGAUAGAAUUAAAAGUUUAGGAAUUCCUGAUUCAAAUAUUAUUUUGAUGAUGGCUGAUAACAUUCCUUGUAAUGCUAGAAAUCCUUAUGCUGGCAAAAUUUUUGGUGAGACGGGAAGUAAUAAAAAUUUAUAUUCAUCUACUGUUGAAGUUGAUUAUAAAGAUUAUGAUGUUACUGUUCUUAAUUUUAUUAGAGUACUAACGGGUCGUGUGCAUCCUUCACUUCCAAGAAGUAAAAGAUUACUUUCUAAUCACCAAUCAAAUGUUUUAAUAUAUUUGACUGGUCAUGGUGGAGAAGAUUUUUUAAAAUUUCAGGAUAAUGAAGAAUUAACUUCAAAAGAUAUGGCUGAUGCUAUUGAAACUAUGUAUCAAAGACGAAGAUUUAAUGAAUUACUUUUUAUAUCUGAUACUUGUCAUGCUGAGUCAAUGUAUACUCCCAUUAAUACACCUAAUGUUCUUGCUACAAGUUCAUCUUUAACACAUGAAGAAUCAUAUUCAUUACAAGUUGAUCAUAAUAUUGGUGUUUAUGUCAAUGAUAGAUAUGCUUAUUAUGUUAGUGAAUUUUUAAAGAAUAAAGUUAGUAAUCUUGAGUCUAAUUCUACAAUGAGAGACUUUUUUGAAUCAUGUCCUAUAACAAAAUGUUUAUCAACAGUUGGUGUAAGGGAAGAUUUAUAUGAAAAAGAUAUAGAUAAAGUUCGAGUGACUGAUUUUUUUGGUUCUAAAAGAAUCUUUACAACAUUUAAUGAAGAAAUGGAGAUUGAAGAUGAAUGGGAUGGUCAAGAAGCUUUAAAUCAUGCAUCAAUUCAUAUUAUUGGAAGUGAUGGUUUAGCAUUUGAAAUUUUAAAAUCACUUGUUCUUGCUGGAAUUAGUGAAUUUGUUAUUAUUGAUGAUGCCAUUGUUGAACAAAGGGAUAUUGAUACAAACUUUUUUGUCUAUCCUAGUGAUAUCGGAAAAAAUCGUGGACAAGUACUUAAAGAAAGAUUAUUACAACUUAGUCCUUCCGUUAAAGGUCUUGUUGUUAAUGAAAGCCCAAUUGAAGUAUUUAGUAGUACUAGUAAAACAUUAUGGGAAGCAUCAAUAAUUAUUGUUAGUAAUUGUGGAGAGUUUGCUUUAACAGAAACAUCUAUGAGAUUUUUUGAUGAUGUUGAAAAAAAGAUUUUUCUUGCUAGAACAAUUGGUUUUUUGGGAAUGAUUCGAAUAUCAUUUAAAGAACAUAUUAUAUUAAACAAUAAAUUAUCAGAUAAAUAUCCCAUUGAUUUACAUUUAACAAAUCCUUGGAAAGAAUUAGAAGAAUAUGUUAAUAGUAUAGAUUUAGAAAAUCUUUCAUAUAGUGAUCAUUCACAUGUUCCGUUUUCAAUAAUUCUUAUGAAAGCAUAUAAAAAUUAUUUAUCUGAUCAUCCUGAUGAAAAAUUUUUUGUUGAAUCAUUUAAAGAAAAAAAAGAAUUUGAAAAAUAUAUUUUAGAUUUAAGGAAAUUUAAUGAUAAAGGACAGGAGGGAGAAAAUUUUAAAGAAGCAAUUAAUAAUAUUGUUAGAUUUAUGAAAAAACCUAAAUUUCCUGAUGGUUUAAUAAGAUUAUUUAAUGAUGAUAGAUCAAAUAAUAUUAUAAUGGCAGCAAGAGAACCUAUAUGGACAUAUAUUGCUGCUAUCAAAAUAUUUUAUGAAAGGUAUAACUCGUUACCUGUUCAGGGUUCAUUACCUGAUAUGUUAAGUGAUACAACAAAUUAUACAACAUUACUAAAUAUUUAUAAAUCAAAAGCUAUUGAAGAUGCUGAGAAGGUUAAGCUUAUAAGACAGGAUCUCUUAAGAUCAGUUAACAUACAACUGGAUGAUUUUAAUGAUGAAAUGUGUCAGAAAAUUUGUAAAAAUAUUACCUAUAUGGAUAUUCAGAAUGGUUCAAAAUUUAUGGAGACUUUUGAUGGAGAACUUCAAAAAUUGUUUUUGAAAUUUAUUGUUCCAGAUGAGGAUGAUAAUAAUUUUGAUAAUACUAUUAAUUUAAAUGCUACAUGGCUUUUUAUAUUUAAAAUAUAUGAUUGGUUAACGGAACAAGAUCCAACUAUUCUUAAUGCAUCCGAUGAGAUUUUUGAAAAUAAAUUAAUUGAAUCAAUGCUUAUGUGUUUUAAUGAAAUAAUACAGUCAUCUUGUAUCUCAAAUGAAGAAGAAACGGGCAAUUGGACAUUGGAACGUUUUAUGAAGAUGUUGCCUCUUAAAGCAGUAACAGAAUUUGUUCGUUGUAGAACGACACAAUUAGUACCAAUAAAUUCAAUUGUUGGUGGAAUAGCUGCACAAGAAGUAAUAAAAGUGAUAACCAAACAAUAUGUUCCGGUGGAUGAUUGUUUGAUUUUUGAUGGUUAUAGGCAAACAACGGAGACAUUUAAGUUUUAA